UCUUUAUUUAUUACCGACUAUAGUUUUUUUUUUUUGAAAAGUAGUAGCGGUAUAACAAAAGUGUUGUGACAAAAAAAAAAACAACCAACCGCAAUGAAAUCGGUCAAAUUAUUUGGAAUUCUAAUAUUAUUUAGUUACGUCAGAUCCGAUAGUUUAUUGUUGAAAGAAUCAUUUGACGAUGAUGUGCUAGAAUACAGCGCCGGCUGCACGGCAAACUGUUUGCAGCAGAACAAUUUGACAGCGACAUUAUCAUACUGUUUCGCGAGUUGUCGUACAACAUCUGACCAAAUUCCGUUGAAACAAAAUCAUGCCAAUGGGACCAUUCGACUGAUAUGUCGCGAGGUUGAUUCGUUCAUAAUGGCAAUGAGCAUAAAUAUGGCCACAUCCAACGAUGAAAAGCAAAAUCAGCAUUCGGUAUCGAUAUAUUUGAUUCACAUUCGAAGUAUUGUUGACCAAAAGACAGAUCAAAUCGUUUACAUUACCGACUCUUCAAUCGUAAAAGUAGAAAAUUUGCGAAAAAAUACCAAUUAUUCCGUGACGGCAAGCAAUUUCAAUGGACAUUUUGAAUAUCGGCAUUUUGAGGCAGUGGCAUUUUUCAAAACGCUGAACGAUGAAUACUAUAUUCCGGGCACGAUAUCGAAUAAUACGUUCAAAUUGAAUUAUGACUUGCAACAUGGGGAAUUGACGUCGAUAAUAAGAUGGGAACCGCCCACCGAUAUGAUUUGCAAUUAUUACGUUCAUUUAUAUGCAACACGUGAAGACAAUUACUUGAUUCCAUACGACGAAAAUGUAGUGAAAGCGAUCGAUCUUUACAAUCUGAAGAAAGACGAUCUCAAAUUCGAAACGGAAUACAUUCUAGAAAUGUACGGUGUAAAUGGCAGAUAUCCAAUGAUUGUCGGCGAACGAUGCUCAUUUGAGUUUAUAACGCCAACAUGUUGGGAAUUUCAUGGAUUCAAUAUGGAAAAAUGUCGACCACCACCACUGUCAAAUAUUACCUCCAGCUACGAUAAAAUUCAAACGAACCUCUAUAAUAUAAAUAUAACAUGGGAUAUACCGACACAUUUGCCCGACUACUAUCAGGUAUCACUGAAUCUAUUUUCAAAUAAAGGCAACUGCCUAUGGCAAAAUGUGUCUGGUUUGCAAAAUUAUGCAUAUUUUUCCGAUGUAAAUACAUUGGAUGUGGUGUAUGAUGUGCAGAUUAUUGCAUAUUCAAUGGGAGGUAUCACCGAAAAUGACAUCGUUGAAUUCAGUUUGAGAAGAAGUGCUCUUCCUUCAAACGUCAAGUACAAGUUCAUCGCAUUAUGCAUACUUACACCGUUUAUACUUGUAUUGAGUAUAUUGUCAAUUAUCGCUGUAAUUCAUAAUCAACGCAAUCGAUUAAAACAUAAAAGGCAACUUUUUCCAAUGGACAAAGAUAUUCAUAUGCAAAAGAUAUUACGUUCACAUUACAACGACGAAAUGGAGAUUGAUCCGAAGAAUAUUGAAUUAAAAGAAGUUCUUGGCGAGGGAGAAUUUGGUGUCGUACGACGAGCAGUUUUAAAGCCAGCCAACAUUGCGAUUGCCGUGAAAAUGUUGAAAGAGAAUGCAUGUGUUGAAGAUGUCAAAGGUUUUCUGAGCGAAAUAGCGCUCAUGAAAUCGGUAGGACAACAUGAGAACAUUCUGGGAAUUUUGGGUCAUUCCACAAAAACAUACGACAAAAUGAUGUUACUUACGGAAUAUUGCUGUGAAGGGAAUUUGCUGAAUUAUUUAAAGAAAUUUCGAGAAGCAUUUACAGAGCCAUGUGAUUCACUGCAGAAUUUCGUUCAAAAUCAAACCUAUGGCUUCUUUGCACCGUAUGAAAAUAUUAUGCAUCAAGCCGACAAGAUAAUCGGUGAUAAUAACAACGAAGAAGAUAACGUAGAAGUUAAUGCGGUGAAAACAGACGACAAUGAAUCUGACUACAAGUAUCAACAGCCAUAUCUCACAGGAAGAGAUCUAUUAGUAUUUGCCAAGCAAAUUGCUACUGGCAUGGAAUUUUUGGCCAACAAAAAAAUUGUCCAUCGAGACUUGGCUGCCCGUAAUGUUCUAGUCUGCACUGACAAAAGCGUCAAGAUCGCAGAUUUUGGUUUGAGCCGCGACAUAUACAUAACCGAUAUUUACAUGAGAUCGAGCGCAGGACGACUUCCAAUUAAAUGGCUUGCAUUGGAAUCGAUGACUGAACAGAAGUACACCAGCCAAAGUGAUGUAUGGUCAUAUGGUAUUUUACUCUAUGAAAUCGUUACAUUAGGUCGAACACCAUAUCCAGCUGUUCCAGUCGAUUGCUUGAUUGAAUACUUGCAAUCGGGAAAUCGCAUGUCAAAGCCACACAAUUGUAGCCCAAAAUUUUACGGAUUGAUGUUCUCUUGUUGGCAUGGAUCAUCGGCUGAUCGGCCUACAUUCAGCGAACUACGUCGUAAGAUCGAUUGGUUCAUUUUUCAGUUCGAUAAUGAUGGAAUGAUCUCCAUUGAUAAUAUGGAUAUUAAUAAGAGCUCCAGUAAAGAAAUCGCCAAGAGUAAUUGCCCAAGUCAAUUCUAAACUACAUCAAGAAGAUUAUGACAAUAUCAUAUCUUAGAAGAAACGUAUUGGGUUUAAGAGUGACCUGAAUAAUUAAAUCAUCAUAACGACGCCGAAUUUAGAUUAGAAUCUUUAAUGAUGACAUUUUAUUUUUUCAAACGAAUCUAUCAUCGCCACCAAUCAAUCAAUUUUCUCCUUCAUCACACAGUUUUUAUGUUAAAAAUUAUUGUAUUUUCAAAUAAAAGAU